AUGACAGGCACAACCGAAAACCACGAUGAACAACAUCCACUAACGUGUUUUGAGACCAUUUCGCAGAUUCCCACGCAAAUGGGAGGAUCCACACGGCACACUGCGUCAACUGAUAGUGAAGACGGUGGUUCACCUCUCAUCUACUUCGCGCAACCCAAUGUGAAGGAUGGGGUAAAAAGAUUGAUGGACAUUGCUGUCGAGUUCAACGGGCUCCUCACAGACUCAUCAGAAAAGUUGCUGCGCUUGCGGCGGUCACUGAACAGUACACUUGAGAUCUUAAACACCAGCAUGAAGGGGCUGAAGGAGAUGAGGCGCCCUUCCGGGUGUCUCCCCAGCAUGGUUGUGGCUGGUGCAACGGAAAGUGGAAAAAGUACCGUGGCUGAUUUUCUCCUUCGCUGCGCAACAUGUUCCUUUUCAGACGAUUCUCCCAUGACCAAGAAUGACGAUAGCCCCGCUGUCAAUACAUGUGGUACAGUUAGUUCUCCAUACACAUCGAUGUCUCUGCAGGAGUGCUCAUUCCGCAAGGGCAGCUGCGCCUGUAGUACCACUAACAUAAGUGAUGCGAACGCGGCACAGAACAGCAGGGCCAGGGCGGCGUCCACUAAACCUUGUCGUGUCUCCAUGGAUCCCCGAACAGAGAGGAGUUGUAUGGCAUCACCCCGCAUCCUUUACUCGCCUGGCCGCUGCACCAUUCCUAGUGCUGCCAGCAGUUUCCGUGUGGUUCCGCGAGAUCCUGAAAUCGGCGCACCGCAGUGUCAGACACCGAGUGUCCUUCCUUCGCUGUGGACACAGGAACGAGCACUCCGGAGAUUUGAGUAUCCCGAAGACGAUUCUAAAAGCGGAACACUUUCCCGCGUUGUGAACUUUUCGCAUUUGUCGUCUUCUAGAGGCCGAAGACAGCGUGAAGGUGAUACAUUAUCCACUUAUCAGGCACCCACACCGGUACGAGUCAGCACAAUCAGACCUGGUGCAUAUGACGUGACUAUUCAAGAACGCAUUUGCGCCUUGCAGAAGAGCCCUAGGAAAUCGCUAAUUCGAGACAAGCCUAGCCCGCAGCGCCGUUGCACGCUACCCAUGUGUCCCAGUAAAUCAUGGUGCUCGUCCGAAAAGUUAUAUGCCUCGUCCAUCCACUCUUCCCAAUCAGGUGUUUCCCGUAGCUCCCCGUGGUUGCUGAAAGAGUUAGCGAGUGAAGUCGUUUGGAGCGAGAGAGGGGCCAUGUCAUCGUAUCAACUCCCCGAUUUGUUACUUGGUGACGGUCUUCUGUACACUGUCCCCUGCGAGGUGAUCGGCACGCAGCACAUGGUGGAGUCUGUUGGCAACUUGUUUUCCCCCUUCACACAACGCAUCGAUGAUGACAAUUCCUCUGAGAUGUUGAGUAGCAGUUUCAGCAGUAGUCGGGCGGUUAGCAAACACGAGACGCACCCCGCUCGUGAGAACCAAUGGCAAAGCAUGGAAGGUUCCAGCAAAGAAAGUGAGUCACAAAAGAUUCGUCAGCUUAUUGCUGAUAUGACCUUUUUUGUGAUUACCUUCACCGAUGCAGUGCUCAUGCGCGAAGCUGGUGCUUCUAUAAACGAUGUGCAGCUUAUCCAGCGCCCGCCUCCAAUGGCCUCUAGCAUUCCAGAACUGAUUGAACUUUUUCAAGAGAAUAUGAUGAAACUUUUUGGUGUUGCUGUCUCAAGUUGGCAAGUGAUACCGUACAGUGGUACCGUGAGUCAUGCGACGCAUUCUGUGCUUUCCGCCCUAUACAACGACAAGCUGCGACGGCUCAGCCUUGCAGCGGCCGAAGAGAAGCAGGAAACACCAGCGAGAAACUCACAGAACAGAGAACGCGUUCCAUCCCUUUCCCCGUCGGCACUGACGGAGUCAGACGCGGGCGUCGGUGGUGGUGGUGUUUCGCGCAGCAACGAUAGGAGUUGUGAGGAAGAAUCGGCAAGGACAGCGGUGGAAGCGUACUGUCGCGUGGUCUUCGGCGCAAAUUACGGAAACCGGAAGGAGCAAUUACCGCCACAACAACUGGAGCAGUUGGUGCUAUAUGAUGCUGUGAACAGCAUGUGGAAUAAAUCGGGUGCCCAGCAACUGCUGCGCGCUGUGCGGGUUUUCGAAAAGAACACAGAACUUUCCGUUUUCACUCGGGUUGCCGUCUCUCUCGUAAUAUGGUGUCACCAACUGCGUACUGUGCUUGUGCGGGCACGUAAAAGUGCGACACGACGCUCACGCAGCAUCCGCAUGAACUUGACAAAGGUACAGAACCUGGACAAUGUUGUGAGAGAGGCAUUGGGGGGUUUCAAAGAGAUCCCAGCACCUCGGGUUGUGGUUAGAGAUUUUGAAACAGUGGUGCAACGAAAGUUCAAGUCUGUCACUGUUGCGUUUUGGGGGAAAGUAUUAGAUUUGUUGGAUGAGGCAUAUGAAGACAUGAACGACGACCACUUAACCAAGCGGAGGCCUGUCGUGAGAAGGUGCCCGCUUCCAUCAGGUCCUUCAGACGUGUCGCUUGCUGUACGCAAGCGUUUGCUUACAGAGUUUAGGGAUCUUCAUCGCCAUUUCAUUAGUUUGGAUUAUCGAAAGCAGAUACAGCAACUGAGGGCGAUCAUUGCGGAGCAGGCGAUGCGUAUUCGCAACGUUGCCGCUGCGAAAACGAAGGAAACAGUUGGCGCGAGGCUGGAGGGUGCCGAUGCGGUAGUUUUGGAGUUGGUGGCGGAAACAAGAAGGGAAACAAUAGGGGGGUUUGCUGCCACCAAAGUGUCUGCCACCGCAGAAGAUAUGAGGCAUCAUAUACCCUACGUCGAGGAUAAUGCAAGGGAGCUCAAGGUGAUAAUGGAGCGGGAGUUGACGUUGCGUUUGUCGCGUUUUAACACUGAGAUAAUUAACUAUUUGAUGCAAGAACUAUCUGAAGCAAUACCUGAUAUUGCCCAGGUCUGUGGAGCGCAACGGGAUGUGAUGGAUUUGAAGUUGGUACAGUUGUUUGCGCUACUAAAGAUGCAUGAAUGUUCUGAUCGAAUAAACUGGAAUGCACUUGACUCGAAGCGGGAACAGCUAGCCAACUGCAGUCUUUUGAACAUGCAACCGCUUGGAAGUUUGGAACCGUUUGUUACUGGAUUACGCACGUCGGUUGUUGAGGAUCAGAUUAUGCUGAUGUUGGUGGGUGAGGGGUUCUUUGGCACAGAUGAGGUAAAGUGUGGUGGGCGGACGUUAUCGUACCUUGGCAAGUGCGAGAAUAGGAUAUGUGCUCUUCAGAGAAGGGACUUAAGGCUAGCUAUGAAUCUGUCUUGUGGACGACCGCUGCAGUCCCACUUCCAAAAUGAUGACCUGCUAUAUACACCUGCGAAACCUGAGGACCUAAUCUCCUCGCUGGGUUGCUGGACGGAUAAUAUCACGAACGUACCACAUGACGAAGCAACUUCCGUUUCCACGGCAAUUAGUGAAGUAACUUCGUUCUCCGAUGGUAGUUGUGAUGCCCCUGGCAAUGAAUCAGCUAAACAAAAUCGACUUGAAUCUGACUGUCGGUGGAGUAGCACACACCCUUCGCUGAAUCCGUUGUGGUUCAUUCUCGCGGUCUGGCAGCAAACGCUCUCAUCCAUGACUUUUCGUCCAUGGUUUCAGCUGGACGGCGUGAAUCAUGCCACGCUGUUAAGUAGUGUAGGCACCCUCUUUACCUCAAGUUGUGAGGGCCUUAGGGCACAAUUAAGGGGAGAAGUCCGUCACCUGGAAGAUGCACUGCGUGUUGAACACCGAGAGAAAAGCCGCGUGGAAUCACGGAUCCUUAAAGCCUUGCGGCGCUUGAGUACCAACGCAGUCACCGUAGCGAAUGAUUUUACGCGGCUGCGGAAGGGUGUCUUUGUGUCUGAUGAGGCGUGCAAGGUGAGGGAAUCCAGCUUUUCUGAUCCCGCAAAAUACGUUUAG